ACGUUAAGAACGGUGACUCUAACAGUGACGAGUGAAUCUAGUGGUGACCCUUGUUUGAGAAACGAUUAAAAUUACGGCUGUCUGCUGUUAUAAGUGCAUCUUCGUUCGUCUUGCUAAAUUUCUCAGUUUCUAUCGAUAAUGGAUGUUGACUUGUUGAUAAGUGAAAUAUUCGUCAGGCCCCCACUAUGGGAUCAAAACAACAAGAAUCACCACAACAGGUUCAUUUCAGACAAACUGUGGGGACAGGUGGCGCAUAAAUUACAUACUAAACCGAUCACAGUGCAAAGGAAAUGGAAAAUUUUACGCGAAAAAUUCAGAGCUUCAUUCGCUUCCGUUCCUAAAUCAAAAUCCGGAGAUGUUCAGUUAAGGGACUACAAAGGUGAAUGGAAAUACUUCAAAAGUUUGUUUUUUUUGAAGUACCAAUUCGCCCUCCUCGAGGAAGAUAUUGACGAUAUAUCGAUCAAGAAAGAACGAACUGGAUCACCACACAAUGUUUCUAGCACCAGAUCUCCUUCCGGACCGUCAAAUGCCACUGAACAGAAACCAGAAGGAUCAAGCAGUUCACGAAAAAGAAGUGUACACACAGAUGACACACUGGAUAUCUUACACCAAAAGAGACCCAAAAUUGAUGAUGAUGAUAAUGAGGAUUUGAAUUUUUUCAAAAGUUUACUACCUCAUCUGAAGUCAUUAUCAUCGCAUGAUAAAUUGGAGUAUCGAAUUAAACUAUUGAGAGUAACUCAAGAAUUUUCCAAGAAUGUUUGAAUAUUCCAGAGAUCGUACUGAUGUCAUGAAGAGUGUUAGUGACCCACGUUUUUAUUUAUGCUUUUUCUACAAAUACAUCGUUAUGUAAUUCAUUCAACUAUAAAUGUACAAUAAUUUCGAGUGAAUAAAUUUUGUAAUAUAUGUAAUAUAUCGUUAUGUAAUUCAUUCAACUAUAAAUGUACAAUAAUUUCGAGUGAAUAAAUUUUGUGAUAUAAUACUUA